CAUCUUUAUAAGAGCCGCUGAACAUCCAGUGUCCAGCCUAGAAUCUGAUCCGAACAUCCGUCGGCGAGGAGACGGUGUAACCUCCUUCCAUCAUUCGUCAGGGAGGGAGGCGUGCAGAGCCAAAAACGACCAGGGCGCCGGUGGUUGCGUCGCCUCCUUGGAUGAGAUUCACUCCUCUGGAAACUCUCUCUACAACUCUUUUUUUAUCGCAAGGUCUAAACAAUGCAGUUAGAGAACAUCCUUCCCAGCGCCAGCAUCAGUUUACCCAAGACCUUUUACAAUCUUUCGUCGUCGGACAGUGCCAACAACAGCCCGAGGCCAUCAUCGCAGCUCGACUACCAAGAAGUCGACCGAACGGAAUCGGAGUCCAGCAGCGCCCCGAAGAAGUACCUGAGCGGGGUAGGGAACGGGAUGCUGGGUGAGGGAGAGGGGGACACUUUCGCUAAAACCGGGCCCGAUGGGAGGAAAGGCUCCCCGGUGCUCGGCGAGGACGAGUUGACGAGCGGUCGACGUUACAACAUAGACGAACUUGGCUCUGACCGAUACUUCAUCUCGUCCACCCAGGCGAGUGCCGACAUGGCAAGCCCCUGUUCCCUCUUCCCUUACGCGGGACAGACCGGCUCUGUGUACACUGGGUCCAGCGGCUCCAGGUACCCGGCGUCGCUUCAUUACGGAUCCGUCCUGCCGCCCACGGGCUUCUCCUCCUCGUCCGUGUGCACCGGCCGGAGUCAGUUUAGCAGCGGAGGGUACCAGUUCAGCCAGGGUCCGGGCUGUUUGUACCCCUCCUAUCCCGGGACGGGGACGGGGAUUGGCUCCAUGUCUCUGCCGGGGUCUGCCGCCGGAGCCAGAGCGCAGGUCUAUCUGUGUAACCGGCCUCUGUGGCUGAAAUUCCACCGGCACCAGACCGAGAUGAUCAUCACCAAGCAGGGCAGACGGAUGUUCCCAUUCCUCAGCUUCAACAUCACUGGACUCAACCUCACGGCCCAUUACAAUGUCUUUGUAGAAGUUAUUUUGGCUGACCCGAAUCACUGGCGCUUUCAGGGAGGAAAGUGGGUCACUUGUGGGAAAGCAGACAAUAAUAUGCAAGGUAACAAAAUGUAUGUUCAUCCUGAAUCUCCAAACACUGGCGCUCACUGGAUGAGGCAAGAAAUCUCUUUUGGCAAGUUGAAGCUGACAAACAAUAAAGGGGCCAACAACAACAACACACAGAUGAUCGUCUUGCAGUCGCUUCAUAAAUACCAACCGCGACUGCACAUUGUGGAGGUGACGGAGGACGGAGUGGAGGACAUGAGCAACGAGGCCAGAACUCAGACCUUCACCUUCCCAGAGAACCAGUUUAUAGCAGUCACUGCGUACCAGAACACAGAUAUCACGCAGCUGAAGAUAGAUCACAACCCUUUUGCGAAAGGCUUCCGGGAUAACUAUGACUCGAUGUACACAGCCCCAGAGAGUGACCGGUUGACUCCAUCCCCCACAGACUCCCCUCGCUCCACCCAGAUUGUGCCCGGGGCCCGCUAUGCCAUGCAGCCUUUCUUUCAGGACCAGUUCGUCAACAACCUGCCUCAGAACCGCUUCUACGCCAGUGAGCGGGCCGUCCCCCAAACCAACAGCCUCCUCUCCCCACAGAGUGAGGACGUCAGCGCCGCGGCCUCUGCCCAGCGCUGGUUCGUCCCCCCAGUCCAGCCGGGCUCCAACAAGCUGGAUCUCUCCUAUGAGAAUGACUAUUCCACCAGCAGCCUGCUGUCCUACGGCAUCAAGCCCCUGUCCCUGCAGACGUCCCACGCCCUCAGCUACUACCCAGACUCUGCCUUCGCCUCCAUGGCUGCGGGCUGGGGCACCAGAAGCUCUUACCAGCGCAAGAUGACCACGGGCCUGCCCUGGUCCCCUCGUCCAAGCCCCCCAACCUUCCCGGAGGACCAGCUGGGGUCCACAAAAGACAAGCUGCCCGAGGAGAGCGCGCCGCCUGCCUCGACUUGGAUCGAGACGUCCCACUCGCUGAAAUCAGUGGACUCUAGCGAUUCCGGUGUGUACUCCGUGAUGUGCAAGCGGCGCAGGAUGUCCCCUGGGGGCUCAAGCACAGAGAACUCCCCCACCAUCAAGUGUGAGGACUUGACUACGGAAGAGUACAAGGACAACCCAAAAGGCAUGGGUUAUUAUGCAUUCUACACAAGCCCCUAA